CUUUGUCCAUCCUUCUUGACCCAUGGGUGGGCCGUGGUCAUGGCCAUAAGAUGUUGAGACCUCAGAGCUCAACCUCCUGCUCUCACCCUCUCCCCCGGCAAGCACAGGCUUUUCUUUCCCUUUCUCGCUCUUCUUUUCCCCUCGCUGUGUGUGUGCAGCACAUAAUAAUCCGUUCUCUCUCCCCCGGUUUCUCCUUGUCUUCUUGCGGCAAUGGACCAAGAAACCUCACGGGAACCCCACCCCUCGAGGACCCGUCCACUACCGCAUUAGUAGUGGGUUCCAUUCCAUUCGCGAUCGCAUUGCCCGCCUUUCUUUUGGCCCUCUUGGUUCGCUCUUGAUUCUUGGACGAGGCGGGAUUUGGAGAGCCGAGAGCGCUGCGGCGGCGGCGGCGGCGGCUGAUGUUUUCUUGAUUGUUUCCAUCCCUGGAGGAGAGGAUGGUGGGCGGUGGAGAGCAUUCGUCCAUGGACCACCACCCUGACGCCGAAGACCUCGAGCGCGGCGAGCUGCGCCGUGACGUGCCUGAGUUUGCGGACGGCGACGACGGGGACGAGGUAGAAACCCAGUACUUCUCGGACGCGGAGGACCGGUCGUGGGCGUCGCACUCGCGCCAGGACUCCACCGCCUACCAGGACUGCAUCUCGCCGUGCGCCUCCGCCCGCGCGAGCUCCGUCGACGCCGACGCCGAUGGCGACGCCGCUGGAGAACACUGCAGGAAGUCGUCAUGCGUGUCAGAGGGCUCGCUGGAGGACGUUGACCUGGAGGCCGGACUGAGCGAGAUCAUCAAGGCCAGUCCUGAGAAGGCCGAACAGAACUGCCGCAUUUGCCACCUUGGCCUGGAGAGCACGGCGGCUGAGUCCGGCGCCGGCAUCACGCUCGGCUGCUCCUGCAAGGGGGACUUAUCCUACGCCCACAAGCAGUGCGCCGACACCUGGUUCAAGAUCAGAGGCAACAAGAUCUGUGAGAUAUGUAGCUCAACUGCAUCCAACGUAGUAGUUUUGGGGGAUCCAGAGUUCAGUGACCAGUGGAGUGAAACAGGCAACGUAGCUGCAGUGCAAGCGCCACCGGCUGAAACUCGGAGGUUCUGGCAAGGGCAUCGGUUUCUCAACUUCCUCCUUGCUUGCAUGGUGUUCGCCUUCGUCAUCUCUUGGCUCUUUCACUUCAAUGUCCCUGGCUAAUUAAGUUGUUGGCGCACAUGGGCCCUGAAUAAAAAGCUCCAAAGCCAUUACUCCAAACAUGUCGGUAAGAUCUAGCAAAAUCUGAAAGAACAGGCUGGGUUGAAGCAAAAGUUUGAAGAUGGUAGUACAAGAAAGAGUACAUGGUGGGGAUGAUGAUGAUAGUGCAUUUAUGUAUGAUGAUGAUGCACUCUUUGUGUUGGUAAAAAGAGAGAAAGAUCAGAGAUGGUGACGAUCCCGCAAGAAAGGGAACAUGAUUGAGCGUUUCUUUCUCUGCCCAAUCUAGAUGUAGUUAGUUGAAAGCAAGGAAUAGAAGAUCUGUUGCUUCGUGGUUGGUGUUAUCAUCGUGUGGAGUGGAGGUGAGAGGGUUGUUAGUCUACUAGUCAUUUUCUAGCUUCCAAACGGUUUUGUUGUUCUGGCGUGUUGAUUUGGGGUCAUCAUGUGAGGAUUCCUCUCAGAUCGCGCUUUGUUCCGAUGCUUCUAAUCCUUGUGAAAUGGUGAGCUGGUUACUCUCGUUGAGGCAUGUCUCUGGAAGUAAUUAAUAAAGAAAAGGUUGUUAAAUGCUCU